AUGUCACAAUUGUUCGAGUCCCAAAUCGUCAUACAAAUCGGCGAUCGCCAUUUUCAAAUUGCCCGCGACAUCUUCUCAGGGUCUGGUGACUGUCCAAACUUUUUCUCCCUCGGCUUCGGGGCCUUCUUCGCCUCCCCCGCCGAAGUCUUUCCCGGCCUUGACAGGCGCGGUCUUCUACGGCCUCCAGCAAUUGUGCCCCCGAGUGUCCCCAACAGGUCUGGCGACGUCUUUGCGCAACUCGUCCACCUUCUUCGCGGCUAUCCCCUCCAUAUCGAGAAUGAGAACCAACGGGCCGAACUCUUGCGCGAUUGUCGCUACUUUCACCUUCGCGGACUCGAGCAGAAGCUUAUUCCACAUCACAUAAGCUUCAACCCCGUUCGUCGGCGAUCCGAAAUCAUACUCCGCCUUGAAGAUGUCCGUCGGUCAGGCGUCAGCGUCGAAACGUCCGGAGAUAACAGCAAUGAUUUGAUCGUUACAUAUGCACGUCCUUUCGCCGAUGAUUCACCUAAUGACCUCGUCCUUGAAAUCGGCGGUGAAAACACCGUCAUAGACCCUCGAACAAUGCGACCGACAUUUCUUAACUCUGCAAAGGCGCGUAUUGCCAGCCUCCUCCAGGUUAUUCUCGACAAAAAGAACAGUGAGACCCAGAAAUCAGCCAGUACCACAGAGCAUUCGAUUCGUGUGCAAAUAGACGAGGAGACGGAUUUAGUGAUUGACGAUGAGCAGCAGACUGGCUACACACAUGAGUCUACUUCAGACGAACCGCAGGCAAAGCGCAGGCGUGUCGAGAGCCCGGGGUUAGGAUCCGGAUCAGAGUCAUCUGAUAUUAGCAGUUGCUGGAUUGUGCGGAAUGGCCAUUGGCGAAUCUCAUUACGUCCUGAGUCAACGUCGGGGGCCAGUGCGGAGUUCGUCAUGGUAGCUGUCAAGCUAGACGUGUACACCAGUCAGCGGAUGCGGAACAAGCGGCAGGCUUUCUUAGGCUCAUAA